CAUUUGGCGAGCGGAACUGCAGAGCUCACAGACUCAGGACUGCAAUACUGCCCACGGUGACUCGGGUGCCAGCUGGUGGAGCAGUGGGUGAUGGCAUCACUGAUACAAAGCCGGCUGAUCACUGAUCCAAACUUGCUGUUGAUGCAAGAAGGCACACUGAUACGAAAAGUGAGGUCCAAAAGCUGGAAGAAGUUCAGAUACUUCCGGCUUCAGAAUGACGGCAUGACAGUCUGGCAGUCGAAGCAAGCUGGGGCCUAUGCUAAGCUCUCCUUCUCAAUCUCCGAUGUAGAGACAGUACGCAUGGGCUAUGAUUCUGAGUUGCUGCGCAGCUUGGCAGAGGAGUUACCCCUGGAGCAGGGCUUCACCAUUGUCUUCCAUGGCCGCCGCCCCAACCUAGACCUGGUAGCCAACAGUGUUGAAGAGGCCCAGAACUGGAUUCGAGGACUCCAGCUGUUGGUGGAACUUGUCACCAGCAUGGACCAACAGGAACGACUGGACCAAGCUGGGUGGCUCAGUGACUGGUUCCAGCGUGGAGACAAAAACCAGGAUGGUCGGAUGAGUUUUGCAGAAGUUCAGCGUUUGCUGCAUCUAAUGAAUGUGGAAAUGGACCAAGAUUAUGCCCUUCAACUUUUUAAGGCAGCAGAUGUAUCGCAGUCUGAAACCCUGGAAGGAGAAGAGUUUGUGCAAUUCUAUAAGGCAUUGACUAAGCGUAAAGAAGUACAGGAACUAUUUGAGAACUUUUCAUCUGAUGGGCAAAAGCUGACCCUGCUAGAAUUUGUGGAUUUCCUUCGAGAAGAGCAGAAAGAACAAGACUGCGCCCUUGACCUUGCGCUGAAAUUUAUCGACCGCUAUGAACCUUCAGACAGUGGUAAACGAAGGCACGUGCUGAGCAUGGAUGGCUUUCUCAGCUACCUCUGCUCAAAGGAUGGAAACAUCUUCAACCCGGCCUGCCUGCCCAUCUACCAGGACAUGACACAACCUAUGAACCACUACUUCAUCAACUCCUCUCACAACACUUACCUCUUGGGGGACCAGCUUCGUGGCCAGAGCAGCGUCGAGGGAUAUAUACGGGCCCUGAAGCGGGGGUGCCGCUGCGUAGAGGUGGAUAUAUGGGAUGGACCUAAUGGGGAACCCUUUGUUUACCACGGACAUACCCUGACUUCCCGCAUCCCGUUCAAAGAUGUUGUGACCACAGUAGCACAGUAUGCCUUCCAGACAACAGACUACCCAGUCAUCAUGUCCCUGGAGAACCACUGCUCCUGGGAUCAGCAGCGGACGGUGGCCCAGCAUCUGACAGAGAUCCUGGGGGAGCUGUUGCUGAACACCGCCUUGGAUGAUGUGCCCUUGAACCAGCUGCCCUCACCUGAGAGGCUUCGGGGUAAGAUCCUGAUAAAGGGAAAGAAGCUAACAACAAAUGAGGAGGAGGAGGAUGAAGAAGAAGAGGACAUGCGCUCUGAGCUGGAGAGAAGGCAUGCCACAGAGCUAGAGCUAGACCCCUACUCUGAGACUGAGACUCAGUCUGUGCCUGCACCUGAACUCCAGCUUCAGGUUAAGGACAAAAUGAAGAAAGCCAAGGCCAUAUUAUGUCCAGCCCUCUCUUCUCUGGUUAUCUACUUGAAGUCUGUCUCAUUCAAAAGCUUCACACAUUCAACGCAACACUACUACUAUGGGAUAGCAUCCUUCUCUGAAAACAAGGCCAAGCACCUCAUCAAGGAGGCUGGCAAUGAUUUUGUGCACCAUAACACUUCUCAGUUAAGCCGUAUAUAUCCCAGUCGUCUGAGGACAGAUUCAUCGAACUUCAAUCCCCAGGAAUUCUGGAAUGUAGGCUGCCAGAUGGUGGCUUUGAAUAUGCAGACCGCAGGACUUGGAAUGGAUAUCUGUGAUGGGUUCUUCCGCCAGAAUGGCAGCUGUGGCUAUGUGCUGAAGCCCAAAUUUCUGCGUGAUACCCAGAGUUCCUUCCACCCCGAGAGGCCCAUCCAGCCUUUCAGAACCAAGAUCCUUUUAAUUCAGGUGAUCAGUGGUCAGCAACUCCCGAAAGUGGGCAACACCAAAGAGAGGUCUAUUGUGGAUCCGCUGGUGAAAGUGGAGCUCUUUGGCAUUCGUGAAGACACAAGCCGGCAAGAGACCAACUAUGUGGAGAACAACGGUUUUAAUCCAUACUGGGGGGAAACAUUAUGUUUUCAUGUCCGGGUGCCUGAACUUGCUGUGCUGCGUUUUGUCGUUAAGGAUUAUGACUGGAGAUCUCGAAAUGACUUUAUUGGUCAGUUUACUCUGCCUCUGAGCUGUAUGCAACAAGGUUACCGCCACAUACACCUGCUCUCCAGAGAUGGCAUCAGCCUCCAGCCAGCUUCCAUCUUUGUGUACACCUGCAUCCGAGAUGACCUACAGGAGGAGGAUUCUUGAGGCCUUUAGUAUCUUUCCUGCCCUUUCCUUUUGUGUACUCUCUACUGGAGUUCCCUCCUUCCUCCUGCAGUAGGCUCAGUUCCAUACUCAGAUCUACUACUAACCUCUCCCAUCAAUGGUAUGAAGGCAGACUGCAACUAUAAACCUAGAAUGGGGAUUGGAGCAGAGAAACCUACAGAAGCAUGACCCCUUCCAUCCCUAACUUCCUCCAUGCUGAGAACCAGGGAAGGAUAAAUCACAGCUCCCCAGGCAAAAAGCUGGAGAAGGAUUCCUGAUCCUAGACUGUACUGAUUCUCCAGAGAAUACUGCACAGCCCCUGUCCCCACCGGACUGCUCCUCCUCAGCUGGUAUAAAUAGAGCUUUUCUCUUCAACUUGGCUUCAGUAUGGUCUCUUGUUGGGCAAGGAUGGAGGGACAUUUGGGCUGUUGAGUGGGAUGAAAAUGGUAUAGAUCUAAGGUUUCCCAAGGCCCCUCCUAUGUGCAGCAGCAUAGCUCAGGGAGGACAGAGAAGAGAGGCUUCUAAGGGGCAAAGCCCCUGAAGAGCUUGCCUAAAAUAAUCCCAGUUUAUGUCUUUUGUGUCCCUGAAU